CUAAGAUCCGGAAGCGGAAUGACCCUGAGGAGUGCAGUGAGGGCUUAAUGUUUUCGGAGUCUCAGGCCUUGCUAGCAAGAGGGUUUGGAAAGGCAGACGGUAGGGAGCUGUAUUUGUGUGUGUCCGCUUCCGCGCCAGCGAUCUCGAUGGGAUCUGUGGGUGCCUGUGUGAAAUUGGUACGAGAUCGGGAUAUGGGUAAUCGCUCAGGAGCGGUAGGGGUGGGGUGUGUGUGUGUGUGUGUGUGUGUGUGUGUGUGUGCGUGCGUUUGCAUGGGCACGAUGGUGACGGGAGCUGUACGUGAUAGUAAUGACGUAUUUACUAAAUACGUAUUUACACACGUAUUUAGGUGUGACUGUGCAUGUAUAUGAUUGUGACUACAUCACUCUGUGCGUGACCAUGUGUGUAGUGUAGUAACAGCAGCGGUGGAGCCAGAAACAGACUAUUGUGUUUAGUAACAGUCAUUCGUAAAUGUGUGGAGAGCAGUUUCUGUGGUGGCCGUUAGGUGGAUUGGGUAGGUUAGUAUAGAAUGAGGGGAAAGUAAUAGGAGACAGUGUAGAGAACACAUUCCAAGAGUUUCUCUGUAAAUAUGAGCAGGCAAAUGGAGCAGCAGCUGAUGGGGGCAGAGACGGGGAAAUAACGCCUCAGUAUGCUGGUGGUAAUGAGCCACGAGGGAGGGAAAAAGUUUUAAGGGCAAGAAUGAGUGAGCCAAGCCCAAGAAUAAAGCUGGGUACUGUAGUGUUGCAGAGAAUGAGCCAUGAGCUCACGUUUUCAAAAAACAAGGGGAAAUAUCCUGAGAUGUGCUCUGCUUUCUCAAGACUGUGCUUCACCAGGAGAGGAAUCUAGAAGACUGAUUGAGUCUUAGAAUUUUAAGUCAUGGCCCAUCAGUUGAUGAUGUUCAGGGAUAUAGCUGUAGACUUCUCUCAAGAGGAGUGGGAGUGCCUGGACUUGGAACAGAGACAUUUGUACAGAGAUGUGAUGUUGGAGAACUACAGCAACAUGAUCUCACUGGGACUUUGCAUUUAUCAGCCAGAUGUAUUCUCUUUACUGGAGAAGGGAAAAGAACCCUGGAUAUUUUUACAGGAUGAGACAAGAGGACAUUGCCCAGACAUGCCAUUCAGAUGUCAAACCAAGGAGUUAUCACAAAAAAGUGUUACUUUUGAGAGAGAAUUAUCUCAAUUGGAAAUCUGUAAAAAACACAACCUUGAAUAUUCAUGUUUUAGGGCUGAUUGGGAAAGCAAAGGUCAGUUUGAAACACAACAGGAAAAUCAGGAAGAAUGUUUAAAGCAAGUUAUACUCACCGAUGAAAAAAUGUCCACUUUUAACCAUCACACAGCUCACAGACUUGAUACAGGAAAGAAACUGAAUGAAUUUAAAGAGUGUGCGAAAGCCUUUUGUUCUGGCUCGGACUGUGAUCAACAUCAAUUAAUUCACACUGGUGAGAGAUUUUGUGAAGAUAAAGAAUAUGAGAAGACCUUUCUUUCUGAUUCAGAACUUGCUCAAUAUCAGACAGUACACUCUGCCAAGAAAACAUAUGAAUGUAAAGAAUGUGGGAAGGCUUUUAGUUUGCGUUCAAGUCUUACUGGUCACAGGAGGAUUCAUACUGGUGAAAAACCUUUUAAAUGUAAGGAAUGUGGGAAGUCCUUUAGAUUUCAUUCACAACUUAGUGUUCAUAAGCGUAUUCAUACUGGUGAGAAAUCUUAUGAAUGUAAACAAUGUGGGAAAGCCUUCAGUUGUGGCUCAGAUCUUACACGACAUCAGAGAAUUCAUACCGGUGAAAAACCUUAUGAAUGUAAUGAAUGUAGAAAGGCCUUUAGUCAGCGAUCACAUCUUACUAAACAUCAGAGAAUUCACACUGGUGAAAAACCUUAUGAAUGUAAGCAGUGUGGAAAAGCGUUUACUCGUGGUUCACACCUAACUCAACAUCAGAGAACUCAUACUAGUGAGAAAUCUCAUGAAUGUAAGGAAUGUGGAAAAGCCUUUAUUCGUGGUUCAAAUCUUGCUCAACAUCAGAAUGUUCAUGUUGGUAGGAAACCCUAUGAAUGUGAGAAAUGUGGAAAAGCCUAUAUCUGGAGUUCACACCUUGCUAGACAUCAACGAAUUCAUAAUGGUAGGAAACCUUAUGAAUGUAAGCAAUGUGGGAAGACAUUUAUUUGGGCCUCCUAUCUUGCUCAACAUGAGAAAAUUCAUAAUGAGAGGAAACUCUAUGAAUGUAAGGAAUGUAGAAAGACCUUUCGUCAUGGCUCAGAGUUUAAUCGGCAUCAAAAAAUUCAUACUGGUGAAAGAAACUAUGAAUGUAAGCAAUGUGGAAAGACCUUUUUUCGUGGUUCAGAACUUAAUCGACAUCAGAAAAUCCACACUGGAAAGAGACCUUAUGAAUGUGAGGAAUGUGGAAAAGCCUUUCUCUGGGGUUCACAACUUACUCGACAUCAGAGAAUACAUACUGGUGAGGAACCUUAUGUAUGUAAAGAAUGUGGGAAAUCUUUUAUCUGGGGUUCACAGCUUACACGACAUAAGAAGAUUCAUACUGAUACAGAAUCAUAUGAAUGUAAAGAAAGUAGCCAGAUCUUUAGUCCCCAUCCAUAUUUUACUGAACAGAAAAUUCACAAUGGUGAGAAUCUCUGUCAAUGGAAAGACUAUAGGAACACCUUUAGUCAGGACUCAGACUUUGCUCAACAUCAGGAUAUUUACACUUUUGAGAAAUCCUAUGAAUGUAAAAAUUUUGAGACAUUUUCUCCAAGCUCUCAUCUUAUUUCACUCUUGUGAGGUCUUAUAAUAUAAAAAUAUAGGAAGUCUUUAUUCAUAACUCCUUAAUUGAUGUCAGUUAAUUCCUUCUUUUGAGGAACUCACAAGUAUAAGUAAUAUUGGAAGAACAUUUGACAGAGCACACAACACACUAAAUAGCAGAGAAUUCAUAAUACAAUCUAUAUUAAUAUAGGAAAGCAUUUACUGAUUGGUUUUCCAUUUGGAAUAUCAGGGUAAAACCCUAUGAAAAAGAUGACACUGUGAUUCUCUUGAAUCAUUCUUAAAAGCAUUCUCCACAUCAUUGAUACUACUCUGCAUAGAAUUUAAAUCUAACUCACAUAGGGAAACCUUCCAUUCCUAUUAAAUUUUGUUAGAGUUCCACAAAAUUAUACCAAAGGUGAAUUUCUGUUACGUAAUUAAUCUUGGGAAGCCUUGAGCUGUGUCAUGCAGUUUAUUUGGCAUGUCUUAGUUUCAACACCUCUUAUCUUUGUAUUUUUUUGGAAAGUAACUUGAAUCUGUGUUUCCUUAUUUGAUUACAAGGGUUAAAUGAGCUUGAUGACUUCAAUGACUUAAUAGCCAUCAUUAAUAUUAGUGUUAGACAGCUUCUAUGAGAGGAAGACCUUAACAAUAUAAUGAAUGUAGACAAAUAUGCCAUCUAUAUGUGUGUCUUAUUGAACAGCAGGAUGCUAAUUCUGAAGAAAAACCAGUCAAAUGGAAGGGAAGAAAGGUUUGAAUCAGUAUUAAAUUCAUUUGCUGCAUAAAAAAAUUCAUACUAUAAAGAAAGCCUUAUGGUUUUAAUGAAAGUGGAGUUGUUGAAUGCUCA